CCACGGCAUGAGGGGGCGUUAAUGGGGGCGUUUAACGCCCCGGCGGCGUUAACACCACCCCCCUCUGGGCGUGAUCGGGCCUGAUCGGCACUGCGUCAAAGGAAUGACGCGGCGUCAUUCCACUCCCCUCCCCCUCCCAACAGCUUUAUAGCCGUUUGCACCCAUUUUAAAAAAAAAAUUAUUAUUUUUUCUUAUAAAUUCAAACCCCCCCUCUCAAUCUCCAACACUUUCUCUUCUCAAUCUCUUCUUCUUCCCAUUUUAAAAUUUGAAAUUACUCUCUUUCUAUUCAACAUGAAUCCUUCCGGCUCCGGCUUCGUUCCCGACAAUCUCACCCCGAGUGACGCCGCGAUGUGGUUCUACCAAGAGUGGGGCGAUCGACCGCCGAUAUUCGAGACGCAACAAUCGGGGUACGUCGACCGAGAUUCGGUUCUGGAGACUCAAUUGGCGUCGGCUUGGGUUGACGUCUCCGAGCAUCCUAUCAUUGGUACGGAGCAAACGAAGGAUGCGAUGUGGGAUCGUAUCGAGGAGAAGUUCUUCACGGCGAUAAAGAAGGACGGCUCCUACCGAACCCGGGACCAACUCACUUCCAAAUGGAGCCACAUCAACAAAAAAGUUCGAAAGUUUAUGGGAGUUUACGAGGAAUGCUCCCGGUCCCAGAGGAGCGGCACGAACGACGCCGAUGUUCUCCGGCUUGCCACGACCCGGUAUCAAGACGACGGGAACCAAGGCAAGGUGCGCAUCGAUCUUUGGAGGAUUUUGAGUCGUUCCCCGAAGUGGCAACAACUCAACAAUCCCGACGGCGGACUGUUCCGGACCGACGGCGGAUCAUUCCGGAAAAGAUCCACCGUCGACGCCGAGGUUGAGGUCGACGAGACUAUCGGUUCUACCGAUCAAAUCCCUCCCUUCAACGUUGCGGAUUCCGAUGACGAAGACCCUAUUCCACGGCCGAUCGAAAGAAAGAAGGCAAAAUCCAUUGCCUCUGGUUUGGGAGGGUCCGCCUCUUUUUCCGCUUCUCCCCGCGACGAAAUCGGCAUGGCAAUGGUUGAACAACUUCGGGCGUUCAAUCUCCGGGAAUAGGAGAGGUUAAAGCUAAAGGAGAAGGAGUUGAAGAUAAAGGAGCAAGAGAUCGAGAUGAAAGUCAUGCAAACCGACCCCGAGACGUUGUCGGAGUUUGGACGAAUGAUCUACGAGCAAAGAAAGAGAGAGAUCAAGG